GACAUUUGGUGCCUGGAGGAUUAUCGCUGCAAGAGGCGCUUCCCAGCAAAGUUCAGUAAAAUGCCAGGAUUAUUUUUUUCCCAUAACAACAUGACUGAAUUGAAUGGAAAGGAGGACUGCAAGCUCGCAGAAGGCAAAAUCCAUAAAAAGAAACAAAAGGCUUUCGGUGCAGACCUCAAGAACUAUUUGAAGUGCAUGGUACCACAUCUUGAAUCUGGGAUCAAGUCUUCUACCUCUAGGAAUGUCAUGCUUUCUGCAGAGGAAGUAACACAGUGGUCCCAGUCUUUGGAAAAGCUCCUGGCCAGCCAAAGUGGUCAAGGUGUCUUUCGGGAGUUCCUGAAGUCAGAGUUCAGUGAGGAGAACAUAGAGUUCUGGCUGGCCUGUGAAGAUUACAAGAAAACCAAGGCUGAUCACUUACAUGGCAAAGCAGAGAGGAUUUACGAGGAGUUUGUCCAGUCAGAUGCUAUUAAACAGAUCAAUAUUGACCAUCAGAUGAGGGAAGCAACAGCCAAAAGGGCUCAAGACCCAACUCACACAAGUUUUGAUGAAGCCCAGAGAACUGUCUACAUCCUUAUGGAAAGGGAUUCAUAUCCCAGAUUCUUGAAAUCCAAAACCUACCUGAACCUUCUGAACCAGCUGCAGACCAACAAUGCAAAAUAAUGGGUUUAAGAUAACAAAGAGUCAAGUAGGCUCUGUGUCAAAUAUUCUGUGAACACACUCUUCAGGGUGGCUGGAUCUCGGCAAAGAGAACACCUGCCUUGGGAGGUGUGCAAGAGGGAUGCAAACAGCUCUGUGGGCAAGAAAAUGCAGGACGAGAGCUAACAAGACUGUUACAAGCGUGAAAGCAACACGUGGUGAAAAUCCUCUCCUUACUUACAACAUGGAAUCGAGACAGGAUAUGGAUGCUAUUUAUUACUUGAACUCCACUGUGAAUGUUGAAGCAAGGGUUAGAAACCCAAAGAACUGAUGAUGGGAAAAGAUUAUAAAGGUUUAGAAGAAGGAUGACUGGCAGUAACAAGACAUGGCUCGGAUGAGACUGUAAUGGCUUUCUGAAAUCUGUGAAGUGUUAGUAAGUGUUAGAGCAGCUCCAUAAUAAUAUUGUAUGAUGUAAAUAUAUAUCGACUCAUCUUAAAAUUGAUAUAUUCUAAGUUAUAUAAGAAUUACAUAAGCUGUACUUUUAUUAUGUUUGUGCUCAACAAACAGAUGUAGCAUCUUUUCUGUUCAUUUUCCAUUUAACUUAUUGCAAAAUUAAAAGCAACUUUUCAAUUAAAUCUACUGAAAAAUA